AUGGCUGAUGUAACGGAGAAAAUUUUAUCAGCCAAACUCAGAGCUACUCUGACAGAGUCUGAAGAUGACAGUGAUAAUGAAGUUAGGCAUAUCAGUGAAAGAAUCCCCUUUAAUAGAAACACAAAUAAUAACAAUGUGGACCGAAGUGGUGAUGUCAGCAAUAAAUUUAAUGCUCGACCACUUAACAAAGAUAAAGAAAACAGUCCAAAAAUUCUACGCAUAAAAUCAAGACGUCAUUUAGAACGUAAUGAUUCUUCGGACAACAUUGUGGUUGAUCGGCCAGUGACACCUGUGAAAGACUCUGACCAGCCUGAGAUCCCACAAGCCCCUCUUACCCCUACCACAAAUCUUAAAAUGUUGUUCAGUGCUGUGAGUCCAGAAAUUCGUAAAAUGCAGGAUCAGAAACGACAGGAAGAAUCUUUAUCAGAAACACCUCCCCCUGAAUCAGAGGACAGUAAAGAUGAUAUUAUUUUCUCUUCUCAAGAAAGUGAUUCUGGAAAACCAGGUGGUUCUCGGAAAGAAAAAUCGUUAGGUCUUCUGUGUCAAAAGUUUUUACAGCGUUAUCCAGAAUACCCCAAAUGUCAUUUAGAAGUUUGUUUAGAUGAAGUGGCUAAAGAUUUAAAUGUAGAGCGAAGAAGAAUCUAUGAUAUAGUCAAUGUUUUAGAAAGUGUAGAAAUAGUCAGUCGUAUUGCUAAAAAUAAAUAUGCAUGGCAUGGAAAAACUAAUUUAGUUACAACACUUACAAAAUUAAAGAUGUUAGCUGAGAAGGAAGGGUUUGGAGAUCAGAUUGAGAAGGUAAAAGAACAGGAAUGUUACAAAGAAUUCAACUGUCAUAAAGAUAUAGAACUUCUUGAUAAAACAUUCAUGCAGAAAGAUAAAUCUCUCGGAAUCAUGUCACAGAAAUUUCUCAUGUUGUUUCUUAUUUCAAAGCCUAAAACAGUAAAUCUGGAUAUAUCAGCUAAAAUACUUAUUGGUGAUCCUACUGUAGCCAGAAAUGAAUCUUCUAAAUUUAAAACCAAGAUAAGAAGAUUAUAUGAUAUAGCUAAUAUAUUAACUAGUUUAAAUCUGAUCCGUAAAGUACAUGUGACAGAGAUACGAGGUCGGAAACCAGCGUUUAGAUAUAUUGGUCCUGAUGUAGAUACAGAUACUGACGUCAGUGUAUGCUGUAGUGAUGGUAUACAUAGACCAACCUCCAGGCAUUCAUUAUUAGAUUGUAUUAGAAACAAAGAAAUAGCUAAUUUAAUGGCUCCCUCUAGAUAUAUACCAAUCAAACCAGCAUUAGGAAAAAAAUACAAAUCGGAGAUUUUACCUCCAGUACCCAAAUCUGAUGUGCCAAAACGAUUCUCACGUCAUGCAUCAUUUGAUAUGAUAUGUGAGGCUGCAGAGAAAGAGAGAAGUAAAUUAUAUGGUCGUAGCUCUGAACCGUCCAGCCCUGUGAAAAAACUAGAUUUUAACAAUGUUGAAGAUGAUGAAAUUCCAGAGAAAACUGUCAGUAAAGAACCAUCAGUUGCUGAUUCCGCGAGAAAGAAAAUAUUUGUCUACAAUACAGGCCAGAUUUCAGUCUGUCAAUCACCAUUGAAGAAUACAACAGCAGCGAAAAAGCAAGAAAAAGUAGUGGUAAGGCCUACAACUGGGGUUCCUCAAGGUACCAGUCCAACUAUUAUACCCCUUACUCAACAGCAGAUCAAUGCUGUUCUCAAAUCCCUGAAUGUUCCGGUAACAAGACAGAAGACGUCUGCUACCCUAGUCGAUGCAUGUACUCAAUCAUCACCAAGUUUUCCAAAAAUUCAAAAUGAAAUCACUGAUGUUGAACAUCGGUCUGCAUCCCCAGAAUUCAAUAUGGCGGUGCAGAAUGAAACCACUCCCUCAACAACCACAGAUUACAUGAGAGGACUGAAAAGAGGAUUGGAUCGGCAAGAUUCUAGCAUGGAGAAAAGAAUCAAAAUGGCGUUACCAACUCCUCCUUCAACGGAAGAAGAACUAACGAGUUCCAGUGAUGGAUCCCCAGACGCAGAAGUUUCAGAAAUAAAUCAACGAUUAACGAAAAGACGCACCACAAUUGAAAAUGGUAGACCUUCACCUUUAAGAGCUCUUCAUCUGGCACCAGAAUUCAAGAGUGCUGGGAAUUUUAAGACGAUUGCUCCACCAGAGUUGCCAGAAGAUUCAGAUCUGGCGACACCUCUUCCAGAAGACUUUGACGCCAAGAAGUUGAUUCCGUUGAUGAAACCCGGAGUGCAGCAACUGACAGUAAAGAUGGCCAACCAUCCACAUCAGUUCAUCCAAGUUCCAGUGAUGCACAUUCCUAAAACGGCUUUGACGGAUAUGGAACGCCAGCAUGUCGUGAGUAUGUCAAGGUCAUCCUUGAUCCAGAGUCUACCAUUAAACUCGCUCAAUGCCAACCAACCAAUCAACUUCGCCGUACCAAUGACCUUCAGUUCACCUUUGACCCCAGCGACCCCUGUGAACCCUACAUCUAGUCCUUCUUUCUUUCCUCACGCCAUCAUCUCCACCAAUUCUUCAGCUUUCAACAUUUCACCGCCUCAACCUUCAUUCACUCAAGCGUCUGCCAUUCAAAUGAUAAUUCCUGGUGCUCAACCAAUGAAAAUGGCUCCUACUCAAUUCAUCAGCCAAUCAGCUUCUUCCAAUACAGUAUACCAUAAUAUGGGUUGA